AAAUUAUGACGUUUAAAUAUCUAGGUAAGAAGAUUCUUGAACGGAUGCAUACUAUGUAGUGUAGUGUCAGACUCGGUUUUGUGUUGUGUUUUGAUUAGAUUAAAAUAUGAUGACGCUCUAUUUAAUAAUUCUACUAAAAUUCAUGGUAUUAUGUGACGCUGCAAACAUACUGUAUUCUGUGCCUUUUACGUCCAAAUCCCAUGAUAUAUUUUUCCGUCCGAUCGGCGUAGAGUUGGCCCGAAGAGGUCACAAUGUGACAGUCCUUACUGCAUUCGAGAUUCCUGAUCCUCCAGCGAAUUACCACCAAAUCGUCAUUGAGAAGAAGGAGCUAUGGGAUUUGCUAGGAACCGAAAGGCCCAAUGUAUUCACCACGAUUGAAAUGAGAGCCACAGAUUUCAUGGACAAAAUUCUAUAUGACGGAGGCGUAGCUUUCACGGACUACCUUCUAAGUACUCCUGAGAUUCAGGAUUUCUUGGCUAAAGAUAAUAAAUUCGAUCUAAUCGUCAGCGAAACUUUUCUGGUAGAAGCUUUGUACAUGUUAGCACAUAAGUACAAUGCACCUCUUGUUCUGGUCACAGCGUUUGGGAAUUGUAUGAGGCAUAAUGCCAUAGUAGGAAAUCCUCUACAGUUAGCAACAAUUUUAUACGAAUUCGUUCCUAUAGAGGACCCAACUAGUUUCUUGGGUAGACUGAAGAAUUUAUACAUCUCUGUUUAUGAUUACGUAAGCUGGAGAUACUUAUAUUUGCCGAAGCAAGAAACGUUGGUGAAAAAGUAUAUACCAGAUUUGCCUGAACCAGUUCCAAGUUUGUAUGAUCUGCAGAAAAACGCAUCUCUAUUGCUAAUUAAUAGCCAUUUUAGCGUUGACACUCCUAUGGCUUAUUUACCGAAUAUCAUUGAAAUUGGCGGGAUUCAUGCUAAUUGGUACAAUGAAACUCUACCUAAGGAUCUCGAGAAAGUUUUGAAUGAAUCAAAAAAUGGAGUAAUUUACGUAAAUUUCGGUUCAAACGUGAGGAGUUCAGAAUUGCCAGAGGACAAGAAGAGGGCGUUCCUCAAUGUUUUCAAAAGACUGAAACAUACAGUUCUCUGGAAAUGGGAGGAAGAUAACUUGGCGGAUAAGCCACCAAAUGUCAUCAUUAGAAAAUGGUUUCCGCAAAGAAAAAUCUUGGCACAUCCUAACGUAAAAUUAUUCAUCGGUCACGGUGGUCUUAUGAGCACGCAAGAGGCGAUCUACCACGGAGUGCCAAUAGUAGGUAUGCCGAUAUACGCUGACCAAUACAACAACUUGCUUCUCAUCGAACAAGCCGGCUUCGGUCUUAUCCUGAAAUAUGAAAACAUCGACGAAUCUGUAUUAUAUAAAACCAUGAAUACAAUUUUGAGUAACGACGCGUAUCUUAGAAAAGCGAAGGAGGUUGCAAUACGGUUUAAAGAUAGACCAAUGAAUGGAUUGGAUACGGCAACUUUCUGGAUUGAAUACGUUAUGCGAAAUAAUGGUGCUGAUUAUAUGAAAAGCCCAACAGCUAAUAUGCAUUGGAUUGUGUAUAAUAUGUUAGAUGUUUACGCAUUUCUAGUAUUUAUUUGUAUUGCCUUCGUGUACAUAAGUUUGAAAAUAGUGAAUGCGCUCAUAAAAAUGGCUUGUGCACUACGAAUAGGAGAGGAUAAGAAAAAUGUGUAAAAAAAAAAGAAAAAUGUGUAAAAGCAAAAUGUACAUAAUCUUUAUUCCUUUAUGAGAUGGGAAUUCAUAAAUAAAUGUUUUAAAGACAUACCUAGUUAUAAUAAUAACUAAAUAGUUAAAGUAAAGAAGUACCUAUUAAUUCCGAGACAUUGAGUCUUUCUGGAAAGAUGAAAUGAAUAUAAUUAAAAACUAUAAUUAUUAUGCCUUGUAUGUUAAUAAUUAAUAUAGGUACUUAAUGAUAGUAAUUACGGACAAAAAGUUCAAUACAUAGUAUCUAAAACAAAAUCCAAUAUACAAAAUUCACUUGUCACGGUGUUUGUAGUAAAACUCUUCCGGAAGGACUUGACCAACUCUCAUUAAAUUUUGUGCGCAUAUCGUUUAGGUCGAAGUAGUGAUAACAGUAUGGCAGAAAAGCGUUUGACGGGCUAGCUAGUUUUUACAAUAAGAGUUUUAGAUUAUAAUUUUUACUAAGAUAAAGCUGUUAAACGGAUAGUGGUUUAAAUAUUAUUAGAAGUGAAUGAUA